UUUCACUCUUCGCAGACACAGACAUACAUGGAAAAUAAUAAUAAUAUUAAAGUGAGCAAGAUCGAUUCGUUCAUUUCUAGAAUACAAUAAUCAAAUCCAUUUCGAUUUUCUGAUCUGGGAAACCCAAUCGGAUCCACUUCGCUUCUCUCUAUACCCAAUCUCUCAAUUACAAUAAAAGGACUGAUAUUAGAUCAGUCGUGGUGGUGGUGCCAGUUAACAGAAUCGAAUGGCAUCGUCAGCUGCUGGUGGCGGUAGUAACCAAGGAGGCGGAAGCGGGGGUUUUGAUAUGAAUAAACUCUUCAAACCACCGCCGCCGUCGUCAAGCCCUAAUGUUAUGAAUAAUUUAAUUCAACCAUCAGCACCACCUUCCCAACUUCAACCUCCUCCUAUGAGUCCCACCGCCGCCCACCCUCUCGCUACUUCACCCUCCUUCCCACUGCCGUCUACACUCCCUUCUUCAUCUUCUCCGCCUUAUUUAACGCCGUCUUCCUCUUAUCCGCCACCCUCCGGUCCUUAUCACCACCAUCCUUACCAUCCUCCGCCGCCUCCUCACUAUCUCUCCCCUUAUCCUCCGCCUCAGCAAUUCCAUCCCCAUCCUCAUCAGUUCCUCCCUAAUCUUCAUCAGCACCAACAGCUCCAUAAUAACAUUAGACCUCCUCAGCAACAACUCCCCAAUCCUAAUCCUAAUCCUAUUCCGGGUUCCGGUAGCAGCGGUGUUAUAAUGGAUAUGCUCACCAAUCAAAAUCAGCAGUACCACCAACAACCUAACGGAGGUCCAGCUUCUCCGGUCCCGUCUGCUCCUCCUGUUAGUGUGGCCUCCCCGACUCACUCCUACAUCCCUUCUCCCAUCAGGAUGCUCAGCACCAAGCUCCCCAAGGGUCGUCAUUUGAUUGGCAACCAUCUUGUUUAUGAUAUUGAUGUUCAAUUGCAAGGCGAGGUCCAACCCCAGCUCGAAGUGACUCCCAUCACCAAGUAUGUCUCUGACCCUGGUCUUCUUCUCGGCCGUCAGAUUGCUGUCAAUCGUAGUUACAUUUGCUAUGGUCUCAAGCCUGGUGCUAUCCGCAUCCUUAAUAUUAAUACUGCUUUGCGAUCCUUGCUCCGUGGCCAUAACCAAAAAGUAGCAGAUAUGGCAUUCUUUGCUGAGGAUGUUCACCUUCUUGCCAGUACGUGUAUUGAUGGGCGUGUCUUCGUACGGAAGAUCAAUGAGGGGCCAGAUGAAGAAGAAAAACCUCAAAUCUUUGAAAGGGUUGUUCUUGCUCUUCAGGUUAUAUCAAACGAAGAGUCGGUCCAUCCACGAGUGUGUUGGCAUCCUCACAAACAAGAAAUUUUGAUGGUUGCAAUUGGAAAACAUAUCUUAAAAAUAGAUACCAUUAAAGUUGGAAAAGGUGAAGUGUUUUCUGCGGAGAAGCCUCUUAAUUGUCCUAUUGAUAAGCUGAUUGAUGGCGUCCAACUUGUUGGUAAGCAUGAUGGUGAAGUAACCGAGUUAUCUAUGUGUCAAUGGAUGACCACGCGUUUGGCUUCAGCCUCAGCAGAUGGCACGGUCAAGAUUUGGGAAGAUCGUAAGGCAGCACCACUUGCAAUUUUAAGACCACAUGAUGGUAACCCGGUGAAUUGUGUGGCAUUCUUGACUGCACCUGAACGCCCUAAUCAUAUCGUUCUUAUAACUGGGGGCUCAUUAAAUCAGGAAGUGAAGAUAUGGGUCUCCACAAGCGAGGAAGGCUGGCUGUUGCCUAGUGAUGCUGAAUUAUGGCAAUGUAGUCAGACUUUGACCUUAAAGAGCUCUGCUGAAUCUAGUGUUGAGGGUGCAUUCUUCAAUCAAGUUGUAGCACUGCCCCGUGCUGGUUUAUUUUUGCUAGCAAAUGCCAAGAAGAACGCUAUCUAUGCAAUACACAUAGAAUAUGGACCUUAUCCAGCUGCAACACGCAUGGAUUACAUAGCUGGAUUUACAGUUACAAUGCCUAUUUUGAGUCUUACUGGAACUAGUGAUACUUUACCAAGCGGAGAACAUAUUGUUCAGGUUUAUUGUGUUCAAACUCAAGCUAUUCAGCAGUAUGCACUGGAUUUGUCACAGUGCCUACCACCACCUUUGGAGAACAUGGAGUUGGAGAAAACAGAAACCAAUGUUUCUCGUGCUCUUGAUGCUUCUACUUCUGACAAUUUGACUACCCUGGAAUCAUCUAAUGGAAAUAGAACAACUGAGGGGCCCAUAGGUAAAGAGGCAAAGACACCAUCUAUGGUUUCAAGCAGUUCUGAAAAUGCUUUUGCUCUCACAACAAGCCGUCCUGAAAGAUUGGGUUCUUAUGAGGUUACUACAUUACCAGAUAGUGCAACUUCCGUUGUAGAAUUGAAGGUUACUGUACAUGGUAGUGAAUCUAUAAAAAAUGUGUCUCCUCCACUUCUUUUGAGUCCUCAGUUAUCUCGAAAGUUAUCAGGUUUUCAAGGUUCACCAAAUAGCAUGGAGCCUAAUAUGCAACUCAAUGAUCAUGGUGCUGACCAGCCUGUUCCAGAUUAUUUGGUAGAACACAGAAAGGACACUAUAGAAGAAAAAAACAUAGCUGUUGCCACUUCCUCGAUUGAGGCCUUGGGGAACAGUGAGAAAAACAUAGCACAAACUGACAUCUCAGUGGUUCCUGAACCUCAUGUGAUGUUUAAACAUCCGACACAUCUUAUAACCCCUUCAGAGAUACUGUCCAGGUCUCCCUCAUCCUCUGAGAAUCAUCAGAUUAAUCAGGGCAUGAAUGCAGGGGAGGCAAAGGCUCAGGAUGUGGUUGUCAACAAUGAUAUGGAAGAUGGUGAAGUAGAGGUUAAGGUUGUUGGAGAGGCAGGAAACAAUCAAAGUAACAACUUUGACUUGCCUAGAGAAUCCCAUAUCACUGUGCCUGAGAAAAAGGAAAAAUCCUUCUACUCUCAGGCCUCAGAUCUCAGUAUCCAGAUGACUAGAGAUAGUUGUGUAGAAGAUUAUAAUGUUGGAGGAACUCGGAAGUCUCCUGAAUGUAGUAGUGUCGCUGAAGCACCAGAUAGGCCUCUUAAUGCUGGUGGAUAUGAAGAACAAGAUAUGACAAGAGACAUGCAUGCAACAGUUGGUGAAUCAGAAACUCCCAUGGUAGUCUCACAGUCAGCGGUCCCAUCUACAAAAGGAAAAAAACAGAAGGGGAAAGGUUCGCAACUGUCUGGUCUAUCUUCCCCUUCUCAAAGUCCUUUCGACUCAACAGAUUCGUCCAAUGAACCGAGUAGCAGCUCUGGUGCUCAGUCUGAUGCUGCUUUAUCUCAAUUAUCAGCUAUGCAAGAUACACUUGAUCAGUUAUUUAACAUGCAGAAAGAGAUGCAAAAGCAGAUGAACAUGAUGAUCUCUGUUCCAGUUUCUAAAGAAGGUAAAAGGUUGGAAGCAUCCUUAGGUCGUAGUGUCGAGAAAGUUGUUAAAGCUAACACUGAUGCUCUAUGGGCCCGUUUUCAAGAAGAAAAUGCUAAGCAUGAGAAAUUAGAGCGAGAUCGUAUGCAGCAGUUAACAAAUUUGAUUACAAACUUUCUAAACAAGGAUUUGCCAAGCACUUUAGAGAAAAUUUUAAAGAAGGAGAUAGCUGCAGUUGGACCUGCUGUAGCUCGUGCAGUAACUCCCAUCCUCGAGAAAAGCAUAUCAUCUGCUAUUACAGAGUCAUUCCAGAAAGGGGUGGGGGAGAAGGCAGUUAAUCAACUAGAAAAGUCUGUCAGCUCAAAACUUGAAGGCACAGUGGCCAGGCAAAUUCAGUCACAAUUCCAAACUUCUGGGAAGCAAGCUCUUCAGGAUGCUCUAAGAUCUACCCUUGAAGCUGCAAUUAUUCCUGCAUUCGAAAUGUCAUGCAAGUCUAUGUUUGAACAAAUUGAUGCCACAUUCCAAAAGGGGCUCAUUAAUCAUCUAAAUUCCACUCAGCAGCAGUUUGACUCAGCAAAUUCUCACUUGGCCAUUGCUCUGAGGGAUGCUAUAAAUUCAGCAACAUCAGUUGCUCAGACCCUAAGUGGAGAAUUAGCUGAGGGACAACGCAAGCUCUUAGCUCUUGCAGCUGCUGGUUCAAACUCCAAAGUGGGAAAUCCCUCUUUAAGUAAUGGACCAUUAGCUAAUUUACACGAGGCUGAGGCACCUUUAGAUCCAACAAAAGAGUUAUCUAGAAUGAUAUCCGAACGCAAAUUUGAGGAAGCAUUCACAGCAGCCCUGCAGAGAAGUGAUGUCUCAAUAGUUUCCUGGUUAUGUGGUCAGGUUGAUCUACAAGGGAUUUUGUCGACGGUGCCACUAGCAUUAAGUCAAGGCGUGGUGCUAGCGCUUCUCCAGCAGUUAGCUUGCGAUAUCAGUAAGGAAACAUCUAAGAAGCUGGCAUGGAUGACGGACGUGGCUGUUGCUAUAAACCCGGCAGAUCCAAUGAUCGCAGUGCACGUGAGACCGAUAUUUGAUCAGGUGUAUCAGAUAUUGAGCCAUCAAAGAAAUCUACCUGCUACGUCCGCUGCAGAAGCGGCCAGUAUACGUCUUCUUAUGCAUGUCAUAAACUCUGUACUAAUGAGCUGUAAAUGAGCCUCUUUAUUUGUUUGUGCAAAUAUGUAAGAUAGACUUUUGGCUUGUAUAGGAGGAAUUAAUGUAGGAAGCUUCAGGAUAUUGCUGUUGUUACUUCUCUUUUUGUCAUCAUUUAUCGUUUAUUUAGUCAUGAAAACACUGUAUUUUACUUGCCUAUUAUUGUGUACUAUUUAUAGUUUUCUUUUUUA